AUAGACGGAGGAGCCAAGAUGCUGCUUGGCGUCAAGAUUCAAAUGAAAGGAAUCUUUUUUUUUUUAAGGAAAAUAAAUAUUUAUCCCAACGGCUAGCUGAUCCACUGUCUCUCUUCUUUCUUGAAACUUGUCUGAUCAUCAAAGCUCAUAAACCCUCUCAGAUCCUCACAUUUACUAAACCUAAUCCAGUCAAGUCAUUUGUAAUAAUGGAGACGACGCCUCCUCCUUACCACCGCCCGUCGAGCGCCAAAUCAGCCUCGCGUCUCGCUCGUGUCAACGAUUCGAAAGAAGAAGAAAAAGAAGAAGCUCCACCCAAUCUCUGUCUUGAUUUGGUUUGUCAGUUGUCUCCGAAGAGCAACGAUACUCCUACUCCUUGCCCACCACCACCACUCCCAAGAGCCUCUUCUUCUCCUUCCCCUCUCCGCAGAUCCAAGACCCGUUUAGACGAUCGGCUCCAAAUGGAGGCCUCUGAGGAUGCUGCUGCUGCUGCGUUGGUGGUUCGCAAGCAGGGGAAGGCGAAAGGAGGGCAAAAGAGUCUUUUGGCUUCUCCCAGGAAUCCACGCAGAUCCAGGCGAAGGUCGGAGGCUGUGGCGGAGAGUGUGAUCGAAGAAGCCCCAAAGCCUAGAAAACGUAAGCCCAACGUCGCUCGCACUAAGAAGGAACAAAAGCAAACUUCUUCGUCUUCUUCGCAUCUUCCAAAUGACGCUUCUUGUCAAAGCGAUCUGAACCGGGUUGGAGAGAUUAUCAGCGAUUUGGUUAUGUGGAGGGAUGUUGCCAAGUCGACACUCUGGUUCGGUUUUGGAUGUCUUUCUUUCCUUUCUUCUUGCUUUGCCAAAGGACUCAACUUUAGCCUUUUCUCGGCGGUUUCCAAUCUCGGGCUUGUGUUACUUUGCGGCUCCUUCUUGUCAAACACUCUUUCUCAAAGGAAUAAGGAAUACGCCAAGAGAGAGUUCCAUGUGAGUGAAGAUGAUGUCUUGCGCUUAGCCAGACGAUUCCUUCCCGCUGCCAACUUGAUCAUUUCAAAGACCAGUGUGCUUUUUUCAGGAGAACCAUCCAUGACACUCAAAGUAACACCAUUUCUGCUAAUUGGUGCUGAGUAUGGCCACCUCAUUACACUCUGGAGACUAUCCGCAUUUGGUUUCUUCCUCAGCUUCACCGUCCCAAAGCUCUAUUCGUGUUACACCCAUCAAAUUAGCCAAAAAGUUGAAAGAGUGAAAACGAGAAUAGGCGAAGCAUGGCAAGUGUGCUCACACAAGAAGAUCUUGGCUGGCUCUGCGGUGACAGCCUUCUGGAACUUGACAAGCAUUAGAACCCGGAUUUUUGCAGUGUUUAUCAUCCUAGUGAUAUUUCGGUAUAGGAGACAGAAUCUAGUACAGCUAAAUCCGGAUGAAGUUGUUCCUGUUGAGAAUGAGAAGCCAGAAGAAGAAACACUUCCACAGGAGGAAGAGACGCAGCAGCCACAAGAAGAGCAAGCCUUAGCUAUGGUGGUUGCAGAAACCCAAGGAUCAAAGAAACUAUGAGUGUUUGUAACUUUGUACCGUGUCAAAACCCCAUUUAACAGAGAUGCAAUUUUUAAUCUCUAGUUGAUGUGAUAGGGUAUCUGUUUUUCAUAUGAGAAAUUAAGACAUGAAGAACCUUGAACAAAGAUGUAACAUGGAUCAGAGAGAGCUUAUUAUAAGAUGAAUGUUUUUUUCA